CCGGCAACACCAGCGCCGACACUGCCACCUGCUCCAUGGGUGCCGAAAACAAUUGGACAUGACGAGGUCGUGCCGUUCAAGCAGCCCGAGCCCGUGACGAUCUCUGAACGAGCCGCGGUCAAGUUCAAACCGCAGCUCCACAUCUCCAACGGCUGUCACGCGUAUCCUGCUGUGAACGAGCUCGGAGAGACCAGCGGCGGUCUCAAGAAAACGGGCGCGCCGAGCUCCAAGUGCAAAGGUUCUGGCUGGGGCUCUCAAGUGUACGGCCGAUCUACCUGGUACAAUGGCGUCUGGGCCAUCAUGUACUCGUGGUACUUCCCGAAAGACUCGCCGUCCUCUGGCCUCGGCCACCGCCACGACUGGGAGCACGUCAUUGUGUGGAUCGACAACCCCGAUAUGCCGGAGCCCAAGAUCUUGGCUGUCACUCCAUCGGCCCAUAGCGGGUAUUCAGCCCAGGUUCCCCCUGAUGCCGACAAGGUCGAUGGCCCCAGCGUCAAGGUCAACUACGAGAGUAAGUGGCCGAUCAACCACGCACUGGAAAGCACGACCAAGGGCGGCGACUACCAAGACUUGAUCAUGUGGACCCAGAUGACCGAUGCAGCCCGACAGGCACUGGACAAUACAAACUUUGGAAGUGCAAACGUGCCGAUGAACAGCGGGAACUUCCUUGGGAAACUCGGCAAGGCCUGGCCGUUU